AUGGAGGAAGAUUACAAAAGAGUGAUUAACAUUACAGUCAUUGGAGUAAUCUCAUGGGGACUCAUGUUCGUACUCGUCCGACGAAUCUUCUCAAACUACUCGUUCGACUUCAGCACUCGCAUUGUCUCGACGACUCACGCCACAGUCGCGGUCGCUUUAGCAACUCUCACGAUUCAAGAUUGGUCUUCUCCUGUUUCUCCCAUUGCUUCAACUUCAUCUCUCAAGCAGAUGGAAACGUUGGCGUUUUCAUUGUCGUACAUGAUCUACGAUCUCAUUUGUAGUCACUUUGAUAAAGUCCUUAGCAUUGAUAAUGCGGUUCAUCAUUCUGUCUGCAUUCUUGGUUUUGUAGCUGGACUUUACUACCGAAAGUGUGGAUCGGAGAUGGUGGCAGCAUUGUGGAUAACAGAGAUAUCGAGUCCAUUUCUUCACCUCAGGGAGAUUCUUAAAGAGAUUGGUUACAGAGACACCGAUCUCAAUCUUGCCGCCGAUGUGUGUUUUGCAACAAUCUUCUCAUUGGCCAGAAUGGUGGGAGGACCUUACCUCGUUUACGUAACAAUAUCAGCUGAUAAUCCCAUCCUUAUCAAGGCAAUGGCUUUGGGAUUACAACUUGUGAGCGCAUUUUGGUUCUAUAAAAUCCUUAGAAUGAUGAGAUACAAACUUAAAAAAAGAUCAACGUCCAACAAAAGAUCUGCUUAG